CUGAAAGUAAAUUCUUUCCAAAAAGUUACUCUAGUAAAUGUAUCCGAGUAAAUGUAACUAGUUACUACUUUCCCCUGCUGACCCGUUGACUUUCAUGUCUGUGUUUUCUGGGUCAAAGUGAAACGUUUAAUUCAUCAGAGUGACGGUAAUCUGGUUGAGCUGUUACUUUGUCGCCCUGUUUUUCUUUGUGUGGACGUCAUGCAGCCUCUGUGUCAUCAAACCAGUUUAUCGGCCUGAAUGAAACUGUGUUGCUGCUCUGCUCUCCCAGCUGCAGAGCUGCAGCGAUGUGCAGCGUCUCUCUCCCAGCCUGUGUGACUGGCUGUCCGGCUGUGGGAUCCAUCCGGCCUGUUCCAAACAGAUUCCCGCCGUUUACGCCCGCUUGGUAAAACACUACGUCUACCACAGGGUGGCCAGUAUGAUCUCCCAGUUCCUGGAGGGCUUGAACAGCUGCGGGGGGCUGUGGGAUCUGGUGAAGUCGCACUGGGAAACGUUUCUGCCGGUGAUGACCAGUACGGAGCGGCGGGCGCCGAGCCUGGAGGUUUUCAGACGCCUCUUCACGUUUUGCUUCAGCGAUCCGGACUCUGAGCUGAGGGGAGCUGAGGAAACCACAGCGACUCAGUGGGAAACCGUCCUGAGCAUGGUCAGCGACGGUGAAACAUAUUUUUCCUUCGAAGACCUCCUCCUCUUCAUCACAGGAACCAAUCAUCUUCCUCCUCUUGGUUUCCCCAAAUUCAUCUCUCUGCGUUUUUACUCACAGGACUCGAUCUCGUCCGACCCGGUUCUCCCUCACGCUUUUGAGGAUUCUCUGGAGCUGUUUCUGCCCAGAGGAGUCCCAGAACCUCUGGACCUGUUGGUGCUGCUGAACAGAACCUUACACAGAACUCUGGAUCAAAGAUGUUUGCAUGCAGGCGGAGAUAUAAUCUCUCCUGAAAUUAUGACAUAGUUAUUAUAAAAGGAAGCAAACGGAUAUCUUGGAGCAUGCAUGUUGUCUGCUCAACUCAUUUAAAGUGUUUGACCUUCGGUUCCUAUAAUCUAAUUUGAUUUUGAUAAAUUGUUGACGGUGUCCUGCUGUUUGGAUUGUUUUGUGUAUUAACAAACCCUGGAUGAUUCAAGUCAUUUAUCUCAACAAUAAAAAUGUUGUUUAUAUACAUAAUCUUGUAAUUUACAGUGAAAUUCCACAGAUGGGAAUUUGAAGAUGGUCUACAUAGAGUUUUAUCAUUUUGAUUUUAUUUUUAACAUUUAAUGUAUAUUUAAUUCUUUGCUCCAAAGUACGCUUAAGGUUGCAAAAAUAUUGCAAUAAAGUUAAUUUAAGGUAAAUGAUCUGCAUUUUGCAUGAAUAAUUUUAACAAAUGAACAUUGCAGGAAGAAAAAUUAAAUUAUUUUCAAAAAGCCCAGAAAAUAAUAAUGUAAAUAUACUUCUAUCUUCUUGAAAUCGAAACCCUCUUUAUGUACGUUUUGUAGCCUUUGAACCACGCUUUGCAAGAUUAAAAUGUAUAAAAUUAAAAUUAAUACAUUGUUCUAAGAGUACCUCAUCAUCAUACACUAUCCAAUUCAAUCUUCAGAGUUUUGUUAAUUUAAAUUGAAGCCUUGGUAUGAUUUAACACCCCAAAGAACAAUGAGUUUAAAACAUUCAGGUGAAACUAUAAAUUAUAUCAGGUAUCAUCUGAUUUAUUAUGUCUUCUGAUUAUAAAGCUGAGUGGCUAACAGAAAAUAAAGCAGAAUUUUGU